AUGUCCCGUAUGCCUUUUUCCGGUGCUGAAAGCCGGUCAGACCAUCAUCGGGCUCCGCGCGACUCACUAGAACUUGCUUCGCUCGCCUCCUCUCCUGCCGGCGCUGGGUCCUCGCGCUCCUCCUCCCCCUCCGGCAUUUCGUCGUCGCGCAAGCUCUCUCUCGAGGAAGAGGAUCCUCUAUCAAACUCCUAUCAACACACAAAUUUCGACUCCGGGCGACCUAGGUCGGCUCGAUCAUAUUCGGUGUCGUCUGCUUUCGAUUUCGGGAGAACGCUCUUCCCCCUGUCGCAGACUGCCGGUGGUUAUGCUCCCUUGGGCGCCCCAUCGGCACUAGAUCGAGAGGCUGGAGCCGCCGAUGGCUCGUUGGAGAAAAACAAGACCCUGACAUACCUAAAUGGGCUCUCAUUGGUCGUGGGCCUGAUCAUCGGCUCCGGGAUUUUCUCUUCUCCCAGCCAGGUCAAUGUCAAUGCGGGCUCUCCGGGCGCAUCGCUGAUUGCUUGGGUGGUCGCCGGCUUACUGGCAUGGACGGGAGCGGCCAGCUACGCGGAGCUUGGAGGCGCGAUUCCUCUAAAUGGUGGGUCCCAGGUAUACCUUUCCAAGAUCUUUGGGGAGUUGGCGGGCUUUCUCUUCACCUGGUGUGCCGUCCUUGUUCUUAAGCCAGGCAGCGCGGCGAUUAUCGCCAUCAUAUUUGGGGAGUAUGUUGUCCGUGCCGUGGUGGGGGCCGAGGUCGAGCAGGUCAACCCCUGGAUCAACAAGGGCGUCGCCGUGGGAAGUGUUUUGGUGGUCACCCUGUUGAACUGCGCAUCGACCCGGGUGGCUACCCGCCUCGGUGACGUUCUCAUGUUCUUCAAAUUCAUCGCCUUGCUCGGAGUUACCGUCAUCGGCAUCGUCGUGGCGAUCACCGGUCUGUCGUCGAGUGGCAGUGCGAGUGAGGAGUGGAAAUCUGGCUGGUUUAAGGGCACGAGUACGGACGUGUCGGCGUGGGCGCUUGCUCUGUAUGCAGGCCUCUGGGCCUUUGACGGCUGGGACAAUACAAACUAUGUGACGGGCGAAUUCAAAAACCCUAAUCGUGACCUUCCCCGUGUCAUUCACACGACCAUGCCGCUGGUCAUUCUCAGCUAUCUACUUGCCAAUAUCUCGUACUUCCUCGUCCUGCCCCAUUCCACCAUCGAGGCGAGCAACACAGUUGUCGUUCAGUUCGGCGACAAGGUCUUUGGGUCUGUUGGGGCUCUGGUGUUUGCGCUGAUCGUCUCGGCCAGCUGUUUCGGCGCCCUCAAUGCCACAAUCUUCACGAGUGGGCGCUUGGUAUAUGCCGCCGGCAAGGAAGGUUACCUGCCCUCGGUGUUUGGUCAUCUGUGGACCCGGGGAUCACCUAGCAGCGGGUCAAGCAACCGAUUGCAGCACCGCUCGUGCGCUAGCAAAGUUACCGCGCGCAUCUUCGGAGAGGGUACGCGGAUCGGUUACACCCCGAUUUACGCGAUGGCUCUGAACAGUGCUCUCACGCUCAUUUACGUCGUCGUGGGUGAAUUCAGGACGCUGGUCACCUUUUACGGCGUGGCCGGCUAUACCUUCUACUUCCUCACCGUGCUCGGCCUCAUCGUCCUGAGGAUCCGCGAACCGCAUCUGGAGCGGCCGUACAAGACGUGGAUCUCCAAUCCCAUUAUCUUCUGCUGCGUCAGCUUGUUUCUUCUAAGCAGGGCGGUUAUUGCAGAGCCCCUGCAGACCCUGAUCGUUGUGGCCUUCAUCAUCGCCGGGGUACCGGUCUAUUUCUGGCGCAUCUACCAGCGCGAUGGCCGCAAAGCAUUACCAGGGUGGAAAUUCUGGCAAUCGCGAUAG